GUGGCGGAUAGUGAAUUACGUGUGGGUGAGGCCGAGAAGAGUGGAGAAAUGGCUGAGAGAACAAGGGUGGAAGGGGAACCCAUACAGGGUGUGGUAUGGAGAUUUGAAAGAUGUGGGCAGGAUGAGUGUCGCUGCACACUCUAACCCCAUCUCUCUGCAUCAGGAUAUUCUUCCUUAUGUUCUCCCCUUUCACCACCACAUCAUCACAAAAUACGGUAAAAGGUGUUUGAUAUGGCAGGGACCAAGUCCAAGGAUCAUAGUGACAGAGCCUGAUUUGAUUAAGGAGGUGUUGAACAAGCAUGAAGUGUUUGUAAAGGUAUACGCACACCCAUUGAACAAACUGCUUAUUUCGGGCCUUACCGUACACGAGGGACAGAAAUGGGCUAAGCAUAGAAGAAUUCUCAAUCCUGCUUUCACCAUUACCAAGCUCAAGGAUAUGAUUCCUAUGAUGCAUGUAAGUUGUACUGAGCUUGUGAAGAAAUGGCAGUCGAUGUUUGGAGACAAAGGGUCGUCCCAUGAGAUCGAUGUGUGGCCUUUUUUUGAGAAUUUAACAGCUGAUGUAAUAUCUCGAACAGCAUUCGGAAGCAACUUUGAACAAGGAAAGAAGGUGUUCUUGCUCCAAAGGGAACAAGCUCAACUCAUCGUCCAGCUCAGUCGCACCGUUUACAUUCCAGGUUUGAGGUUUUUGCCCAUGGGAAAGAUCAAGAGAAUGAAAGAAAUAGAUAGGGAAGUGCGAGAUGUAUUGAGAGGCAUAAUUCAGAGAAGAGAGGAGGCGAUGAGGGUGGGAGAGAAGACGAGCAAUGACAUGUUGGGCAUACUGCUGGAGUCCAAUUCCAGGGAAGUUGAGGGAGAUGGGAACAGGAAAGAGCUGGGAAUCAGCAUCGAAGACGUGAUCGAUGAGUGCAAGCUUUUCUACUUUGCUGGCCAGGAGACCACGUCCAAUCUGCUCGUCUGGACAAUGGUUAUGCUCAGCAUCCAUCAGAAUUGGCAAACACAAGCUCGGGAAGAGGUUCUCCAGGUUUUUGGAAAAAGCAUCCCCGAUUUUGAUGGUUUAAAUCAAUUGAAAAAGGUGAAUCUGAUACUCCAUGAAGUACUUAGACUAUAUCCACCGGCGACAACAAUAGCCCGAGUCACCCGUGAGAAGAUAAAGCUGGGGGAUACAACUCUGCCGGCCGGAACGGGACUUGUAUUGCCAAUACUCUUCGUUCAUCACGACAAAGAAAUAUGGGGAGACGAUGCAAAAGAGUUCAAACCAGAAAGAUUUGCUCAAGGAGUAGCAAAUGCAACAAAGGGCCGAAUAGCUGCAUUCUUUCCAUUCAGUUUGGGGCCUCGCAUUUGCAUUGGCCAAAAUUUCUCUAUGGUGGAAGCUAAGUUGGUUUUAGCUAUGAUUCUGCAGCACUUCUCGUUCGAGCUGUCUCCAUCCUAUGAACAUGCUCCUGUUCCGGUGCUCACUCUGCAGCCUAAGUAUGGAGCCAAAAUCAUGUUCAGCAAAAUAUGAGAAGACUUGUUGUUGUAUGUGUUCUUUUUCAGUUGUUUCCGGUUAAUAGUUUCUUUGAAUAAGUGUUUGUGUUUGGGACGUGGAGAGAGCGCUUUUACUACAUCUUUACGAAUGUAUGAUGGUUUUUAGUUUGAAACAAAUCAAUAUAAUUGAGCUAUUUAAGAA